AUGAAGGACCCCGUUCACAGGACCGCUUCUCCCUAUCCUGAUUCCUCCGUCAAAGGCCCUCGUUCUCAGCAACAGCAAGCCCAACUCGCCCACUCUCUCCUCCAAGACCGCAAGAUGAUUUCGAAUACCAAAGUCAACAAAACUGCCCUCCACCCUGGCGGCAUUGAGCCCCAGACGGAGGAGCACACAGAACUUGAGAUCGAACUCCACGACAAGGCACACAUCGACUACGACAGAGUUGCAAUUAUCCCCAACCCUUCCGUCGCUGCCCUGUACGAAGAUGCUCUUGUAUACGAAGUCGGAUCAGCCAUCGCGUCCAGCGGUGCCCUGACUGCAUACUCCGGUGCAAAGACUGGCCGUUCGCCUUCAGACAAGAGAAUCGUAAAGGAGCCCAGUUCAGAAAAUGACAUCUGGUGGGGACCAGUCAACAAGCCCAUGGCUCCAGAGGUGUGGAAAAUCAACCGCGAACGUGCCAUUGAUUACCUCAACACCAGAACUCGCAUCUACGUUGUUGAUGGAUAUGCCGGCUGGGACGAGAAGUACAGAAUCCGCGUGAGAGUUAUUUGCGCCCGCGCGUACCAUGCUCUCUUCAUGCGCAACAUGCUCAUCCGCCCUCCCCGUGAGGAGCUGGAGCACUUCCACCCGGACUACACGAUUUACAACGCCGGUACCUUCCCCGCCAACAGAUACACCGAGGGUAUGACCUCUGGCACUUCGGUUGCUAUCAACUUUGCCGAGAAGGAGAUGGUCAUCCUGGGUACCGAGUACGCCGGAGAGAUGAAGAAGGGAGUCUUUACCGUUCUCUUCUACGAGAUGCCUAUCAAGCACCACGUUCUGACCCUCCACUCCUCGGCCAACGAGGGCAAGAAUGGCGAUGUCACCCUCUUCUUCGGUCUCUCCGGAACUGGCAAGACCACCUUGUCCGCCGACCCGAACCGUGCCCUGAUUGGUGACGACGAGCACUGCUGGAGCGACCGUGGUGUCUUCAACAUUGAGGGUGGCUGCUACGCCAAGUGCAUUGGCCUGUCGGCUGAGAAGGAGCCCGAUAUUCACGGUGCUAUCCGCUUCGGCUCCGUCCUGGAGAACGUUGUCUUUGACCAGGAGACCAGAGAAGUCGAUUACGAUGACGCCACCCUGACUGAGAACACUCGAUGCGCCUACCCCAUUGAGUACAUUAGCAACGCCAAGAUCCCCUGCUUGUCGCCCAACCACCCCAGCAACAUUGUGCUCUUGACCUGCGACGCCCGCGGAGUUUUGCCCCCCAUCUCCAAGCUCAACAGCGCCCAGACCAUGUUCCACUUCAUCUCCGGUUACACCUCCAAGAUGGCUGGUACUGAGGACGGUAUCACCGAGCCCCAGGCAACCUUCUCGUCUUGCUUCGCCCAGCCCUUCUUGGCUCUGCACCCCAUGAAGUACGCCAAGAUGUUGGCCGAGAAGAUCGAGCAGCACUCGGCCAACGCCUGGCUCCUCAACACUGGUUGGGCCGGUGCUGGUUACACUCAGGGCGGCAAGCGUUGCCCGCUCAAGUACACCCGUGCCAUCCUGGACGCCAUCCACUCGGGUGAGCUCGCCAAGGUCGAGUACGAGAACUACGAGGUCUUCAACCUCCAGGUUCCCAAGACCUGCCCCGGUGUCCCGUCAGAGCUCCUCAACCCUGCCGUCGCCUGGACCGCCGGUGCCGACAGCUUCCAGCAGGAGGUCAAGAAGCUCGGAGGACUGUUCAUUGAGAACUUCAAGAAGUACGAGUCCGAGGCCACCGACGAGGUCAAGGCCGCUGGCCCUGUUGUUUAG